GACCUUUUCUUCUUCUUCGCUCUAAACUUUGACAGUAGGCUUGAGUCAUUUGCUUGUGUUUAGAUUUCGAUUCAAACUGCAGUAAUUCCGGGAAACAUCAGUUGCGCGAAGUAUUUGAAUGAAAAACAACCAUAGAUUAAGGCACAUCUGCAUAAAUAAUACAUUCGUCAUUAACUUGGACACUAAAUGUUGCGUAUAUUUCCCCUACAACGUUUUAAAAAUGUUGAUUUUCAGCCAAAGGACAUACACACAUGAACAUAAAACUUCAAGCAUUGGGUAUAAACACGUAUAAGGGAGAAAGACAGAAAAGCCAAACGUAAACACCACUCAGCUUCAAUAAUAUUUAUUGUCCUACGUUGUCUAUCGCGCGUACUGUGUUAAUUUUCCCUACAGCCAUGAAUCCCGGUAGAUUGGGGCUUACACCAAUGGUUCAAGAGAAUCCGCUAUGGAUUUCGUGGCACGACUCAAACUGGAUACCGGUUCUCAACCCUGGCAAUGUAAUGGACUACUUUUCGGAGAAAUCGAAUCCAUUCUAUGACCGAACAUGCAACAACGAAAUCGUCAGAAUGCAGCGACAAAGUUUGGAGCUUCUGAACAACAUGACCGGUGUGGAAUAUAUUCCCCUUCACGUUCAAGAUCCGAUACUGUACGUGAUACGUAAGCAGCACCGUCAUUCUCCGACUGAAGCUACGCCGUUGGCUGAUUACUACAUCAUUGCUGGCACAGUGUAUCAGGCACCGGAUUUGGCCAGCGUUUUCAACUCGCGGAUACUUUCCACCGUACAUCACUUACAAACAGCAUUUGAUGAAGCCAGCUCUUACUCACGUUAUCACCCGAGCAAAGGAUAUUCGUGGGAUUUCUCCUCAAACAAAGCCAUUGCCGAAAAGACGAAAACACAAACCAAGAAGGAAGCUCCAGUUAAAGAGGAACCGAGUUCCAUUUUCCAACGCCAGCGGGUGGAUAUGUUGUUGGGUGAUUUACUCCGCAAGUUUCCUCUACCCUUGCCACAGAUGACAAACAAUCCAACAGGCGUUAAUUCGUCAGAAGGGAACAACGUGAACAAUAAUCAUAGUGGUGGUACCGGCGAGAAUGAUCACACCGGUUCAGAUCAUGCAAUGAUUAAACAAGAACCAACCGACGGUGGUGGUGGUGGUGGGCGGGGAAGCAAUAGUGAUGCACCACCCGAAAAGAAAAUGAAAUUAUAAUUCUUUUAAUGUAUUCUAAUUAUAUUUAAUAAUAAAAAUUAAUAUCCCUACAA